GGGACGUCAUCGCCAUGGGUGCUGAUGGGUGUCGUGCAGCGUCCUUGUAUCUCGGGGGGUUUCUUGUGUUCGCGAUGAUUAUUACGAGUCCUAUCGUUGGAGUAUUUGUUGUUAAACCAGGUCUCCGAGCGGAGAGAUUUCGAUCUGCUAACUGCACUAACGUGGGAUAUAAUAGGAUGGGAGACGAAAGUUGCUCAUGUGGUGAUGAAUGUUCGUCGCAGUUUCCCUGCUUUAAAGUUUACGUGAACUACGAAGAUCAUCACAAUCGUAUAUUUCGCAGGGGUGCAGUGGCAUAUGAAAACGAACAGACGCUUAUUCAUUACUCAGAUUGUACAUUUGAUUUGAACUCUUGUGACCAUUCAUACAGCUCAAAUACUAACAAAAUUGAGUCAAAGCUUCGCUCGGAUGGGCAACCUGGCAGAAGAUACAAAUGUUACUAUGACCCUCAUGACCAUAACGAUGUAAUUAUGGCAAGAAAGUUUUCACUGGCUGCUACUAUUAACGCAUUGUUUUGGCCAAACUUUUUGUUUCUGCUUGGAGUGGUGCUUCUAGUUGGAGGAUUCUGUUGCAAACAUGGAGCUGAUGAGUGCUGUGAGAAAUUUGUAACUUUCCUAAGUUGUCUCUUUUGUUGUUUUCUUUGGUCGGCCCUUUUUGAAUGUCUUUCAAACUGCAAACGGUCGAGUCCAACUGAGUCUCAUAUUGCUUCACACACGCGAAGCGAACCAGUUGUGACACACGUUCAAAACCACAGUAGUACUGAACUGACUGAUGAAGAAGUUCUUGCUAUGGAGUUGAGUCAUUCCAAUCCUCGUGAAUCUCAGACUGGUGGACACGAAGGCGGUCCGUUUGAUGCCCCACCUUCUUAUGAGGAUGCUUUGAAAUUCUAAGUAUGCACAGCUGAGCGAAUGAACUGUGGUUGCUUUUAGUGGUUGUAGUUAUUGUUUUAUUUUGGGUGGGUUAUGUAUGACUAAAUUUAUAAGAGAAAUGUUACAUUGUUUUCAUGUUUUAGUAUGGCCUACAAUUGACUGCAAGUGGUAUAAUGAUA